AUGUGUGCAGCGGGGAGGCGCUGGAGCCGGCUGGCGCAGGCUCUGCUCUGCUGCGUCCUCCUGUGGGUAUGGGAGGAUGCGUGGGGGCAGCUGCGGUACUCGGUGCCCGAGGAGCUGCCCAAGGGUUCUUUCGUGGGAGACGUGGCCAAAGACCUGGGACUGCAGGUGUCAGCGCCCCUGGACAUGAGCAUCGUAGACCGAGGUAGGACGCAGCAUUUCUCUCUGCACGGAAAGACGGGACAUUUGGUGACGGCGGAGAGGAUAGACAGAGAGCAGCUGUGCGAGAGUGAGCAGCAAUGCGUACUGCGCUGUGAACUGUUAGUAGAGGGGGAAAUGAAAGUGUACGGAGUCGAAGUGGAAAUCAGGGACAUUAAUGAUAACGCUCCGACCUUCAAGGAUGUUGAGCUGGAGGAGAGAAUAAGCGAGACAACCGCUCCGGGUUCACGAUUUCCCCUGGCCGAGGCAUAUGACCCAGACUCAGGACCGAAUUCCCUGCAGAGCUAUGAGCUGAGUGGCGACGAGCACUUCUCUCUGGCCGUUCAGGCAGGCCCCGGCGGUGAUCGGCGUCCCGAGCUGGUGCUGGCCAAGGCGCUGGACCGGGAGGAGGCAGCUUCUCACGAGCUGGUGCUGAAGGCGAGGGACGGCGGAAAGCCGCCGCGGACGGGCACGGCGCGAAUCCGCGUAGUAGUGCUUGAUGCAAACGACAACGCACCCGUGUUCAGCCCCGCGGAGUACACGGUGCGUGUGCCCGAGGACGUUCCCGUGGGCUCCGCUCUCCUCUCUGUCAUGGCCACUGACGCCGACGAGGGGCUGAACAGGCACGUGAAAUACUCAUUGAAGAAAAUCACAGAGAAAGCAUGGAAGAUUUUCGAGCUGGAUUCUGAGACGGGAGAGAUCACACUGGCACGGAAACUGGACUUCGAGGAAGGGAAGUCCUACGAACUGGAGGUGCAGGCACGGGACGGAGGCGGCCUUUCUGAUACGGCAAAGAUUGAGAUCACAGUGACUGACGUCAAUGACAACCGGCCUGAAGUGACAGUGACAUCUCAGCUGAGCGAGAUUUCUGAGGACUCUCUGCAAGGUACGGUGGUGGCACUGCUGCACGUACAGGACCGGGACUCGGGGGCCAACGGCCAGGUGCGAUGCUCUUUAGAUGCGGGAGUCCCGUUCCGUCUGGAGAAGUCCUUUGAGAAUUACUACCGCGUGGUGACGACGAGGCAGCUGGACCGGGAGGAGGUAUCAGAGUACAACGUCACAGUGAGAGCGGCCGACGGCGGGUCGCCGUCGCUAUGGAGCAGCACGGUGCUGGCGCUGAGGGUGCUGGACGUGAACGACAACGCGCCGGUGUUCAGCGAGGCGAGCUACAGCGCCCGGCUGCCCGAGAACAACGCGGCGGGCGCGCUGGUGCUGACGGUGCGGGCGCGGGACGCGGACUGGGGGCAGAACGCACGCGUGCGGUACCGGCUGGGCGAGGGUCGGGUGCGGGGCGUGCCGCUGUCGUCGUACGUGUCGGUGCAGGCGGAGACGGGCGCGCUGUACGCGCUGCACUCGUUCGACUACGAGGAGGUGCGCGAGGUGGGACUGUGGGUGGUGGCGGAGGACGGCGGCUCGCCGGCGCUGAGCAGCAACGUGUCGGUGCGGCUCGUGAUCGUGGACGAGAACGACAACGCGCCGCAGGUGCUGUACCCGCCGGCGGCGGGCGUGUCCGGGGCCGGUGUGGGUGGGUGGUCGGGGGUGGAGCUGGCGCCGCGGUCAUCGGAGCCCGGGGCGCUGGUGGCCAAGGUGGUGGCGGUGGACGCGGACGCGGGUCAGAACGCGUGGCUGUCGUACGAGCUGGCGAAGGCGACGGAGCCGGGGCUGUUCCGCGUGGGGCUGCACAGCGGCGAGGUGCGCACUGCGCGCUUCCCGCUGGCCCGCGACGCUGCCCGGCAGAGCCUGGUGGUGCUGGUGAAGGACCACGGGCGGCCGGCGCUGUCGGCCACGGCCACGCUGACAGUGGUGCUGGCCGAGAGCGUGGCCGAGCUGCUGGCCGAGCUGGGCAAUGAGGCAGCGGCGGCGGGGCCGGGCGAGGCGGCGGGCAGCCUAACGCGCUGGCUGGUGCUGGCUGUGGCGGCCGUCUCCUGCCUCUUCCUCGCCUUCCUGAUGCUGCUGCUAGCACUGCGCCUGCGGCGCUGGCGUCGUUCUCAACUGCCUCCGGCGGCGGGCGGUGCCUUGCGCGGCGUCCCGGCCACGCACUUCGUGGGCAUCGACGGCGUCCGCGCCUUCCUGAGCUCCUACUCGCACGAGGUUUCACUCACCGCCGACUCCCGUAAGAGCCAGCUCUGCUUGUCGCCCGGUAGCUGCUGCGACACCCUCCCGGCCCGCCCUCUGCCCGACGAGCCUGUACAGCUGCUGGGGGAGGACCCUGUCGAUGCCCGCCCACAUGACUCCAACAGUGCUCCGAUGUCAAGAUAUCCAUUCAAAGUCUGUGGUGUGAUGGUAGUUCACUCUGAGGAGAAACUGAGUAAAAGUCUCUUUGAUGUCAUGAAAUUCUUUUGCACCAUGCAAAUUUUGAAAGGAUCAGGCUAUAUCCACUGCGACUCAAGGAGAUGGCCUAAAAGCGCCUGGCAGAGAACUUGUGGCGGCCAUCAGGCGGCUGCGGUGGCGUCACGGCGCCUCUGGGUGCCGCUGUUGCCCGACGCGGAGCGGCUGUGGAGCCUCAGCGAGAGCCGCCGCAGCGUCCGGCCCCUGCGGGCUGCUAGUUCCCUCCGCGCCGGCUAG